ACCUGCCUUCAGAUAAGAAGCUCCUUAUUUUACUUCUAUUCCCCACCUCCAAGCUUGCAGGGAAGAGUCGCUCCGUACAAGAUGAUACUACAAAGAGCUCUCUUCCUUACGCUCUGACUUCUUUCAGCUUCUUGUAACACCCUAGCAUAUCACUAUCAGGUAUUCUUUGAAUUUCAGCAUGCCAGGGUUGACCCUGAUGAUGCAGGCCACGUCCAGUGGCAUUGCUCUUCUUCAAACUUGGCCAGUCCUUCUCACGAUCGCCCUCAGCGGUGGCUGCUACGCCGUAUGGUACCUGCGAGUGAUCGCCACCCGUGCGAGAACUGUGGGAUCGGAUCGUAUGCAGGCAUUUCUAUUGCGCCACGUUCCUGUCCUGGAGCAGCGCCAAUGGCCCACGUGGUGGGCAUGGCACGCCAUGAUUAGUACCUUGGCUCGUGUUAUUCUUCAGAAAGAAAAGCGUGUCUUCUUUCGCAGAGAAAUACUGGUACUGAGAGACGGCGGACAGGUGGCCCUCGACUGGAAUGAGCCACCUGGCCAGGAGAAGAACAGUCGCACGCCCAUUGUUCUGCUGCUGCCCGGCAUUGCAGGUUCCAGCAAGGAAGGCUACGUGAGCAACGGUGCUGCCAUAUGCUCCGACUUGGGCUACCAGAGUGUGAUAUUCAGCAAUCGAGGUCAAGGCGGGGUAUCUAUCACGUCUGCGCGUGGCUACAAUGCAGCGUGUUGUGAAGACCUGUGUGAGGUAGUCAUUCAUGUCCAGUCCACGUCACCUCAAAGUCCGAUGGUCGUAUGCGGUUUUUCUAUGGGAGGUAUGAUUUCCUCACACUUCUUCGGCAAGUACAGUCGCGAGAAACAGCUGGCACCAUCAGCAAGGGCAGAUCCCAGCUCGCCGCCAACAUGCAUCGCUGAGUGCAACGUCGUCGGUGGCAUUGGUAUGUCAAUGCCCUGGGAUCCGAUCAAGUCUCGCAAGUCGCUGGAGUCGACCGCGCUGAAUCGUUCUCUUAAUCGCCGCAUCACCAGCGACCUACACAAGUUUGUGCACAGAUGCUCUGUGGAUAACAUGGAGUACAAGAACGUGAUCGAGUCGGUACCCGGUGGUUAUAGCCAUGUCAUGCAGGCGAGCACAAUCAGUGAAUUCGACCAGCGCUGCGUCGUGCCGACUUUUGGUUUCUCGUCGCUGGAUGACUACUACCAGCGGGCAUCGCCAGAGAGACACAUUGCGGACGUCACCAUUCCCGUGCUCUAUUUGCACGCGGCUGACGACAUGUUUGUACUGGGAGAUGAUUUACCAACAGAGAAGAUCAGAGCAAGCCAGUACUGUGCAAUGGUCAUAACUAAGUGGGGUGGACAUUUGGGCUUCCUGGAGGGGACCAUUCCGACAGGGGACACGUUUGGCGACAAACUCCUAGCACAGUACGUAAAAGCAGUCAUGGACCACAGCGGUGAGCUCCAGCGACCCAGUGCGUGAAAGCAGUCAUGGACCACGGCGGUGAGCUCCAGCGACCCAGUGCGUGAAAGCAGUCAUGGACCACGGCGGUGAGCUCCAGCGACCCAGUGCGUGAAAGCAGUCAUGGACCACGGCGGUGAGUUCCAGCCACCCACACCAAGCUAACCGCUAGCACAAUACGUGAAAGCAGUCAUGGACCAUGGCGGUGAGCUCCAGCGACCCACACCAAGCUAACCGAAUCAGGUUUCUUCAAGUACCUACUAUAACCAGUGAAGCAGUACGUGAAGGGCCCUUAGCGCUAGCUCGGCCUUGAUACAUCAGGGUAGCUUUUGAUCCACCGCCUCAGCCACAUUUUUUUCAGUUUAGCUUGCAAUUAGGCAGCAGUAACAUACUGCUCCCUGCGCCUGUCAUCUUCUGUACUCGAGAUUAGCUCUAGCAAAACCGUCGGAUAAGUCGGGACAUUUGUCAAAUUAUUACUGAAGUAUUUAUAUCACGGCAUCCGUCUGGGGGCACUUUUCCACUGCUCUGCUGCGUGUUAAGUGGAUCUUCAUGAAGAUGUAAUCUAGCAGUUGAACAACGGAACGUUUUAGUCAGGUGAUCACCAUCUCUUAUUACUCUUUAUUACACAUCAGGUGACCGUUUCCAGGUCUACAACCAAUCAGCGACCAGAUAGAGCGGGCAAUAUUUCUCCAUACAAGCCCGCUCAGGCGGUCCAAUAUUACACGAUAUUGCCCGGCUAAUAACACAUACUUAGUAGUACCACAAAUUUAUACUGUUGAAAUUAUAUCAACUCCCUCAAACUUUUGAAUAUUAUUAUUUUUUUAUUAUUACUCAUAAAAAGGACACACUUCAGGCUCAUUACGAACAUCUUGAAAGUUUUUGUUUUUACAAGUAUA